AGGUGAAAUAGAGUGAGAAGCGAUGGAUGUAAGAACAGAUGCUGGUUCACAGUCCUCAACAACAUCAUCUGUGAAGUGUAAGCAAGAAGUUAUUAUCAAAGAGGAGGAUGCAGACAAACCUGAAAAUAGUCGUAUCAAUUCUGGCUUAUCAAUCCAUUGUGAACAAAGUCAUAUCAAGUCAGAAGACACCAUCUGUAAGAAUGAGGAGAAGUUGUUAUCAAAGAGCGAUGGAUAUGAUACAUUCUUCAUCAAGGAGGAAGAAGAGGAAUGUUUACAACAAGAAACCACUUCCCAUACCCCUAUUGAACCUGAGCAAUGGCCUUUGAGAGCUGAGUCCUUGGUAGAGAGAGAAGAGUUACCUGACAAGGAAAGAACACAUCAGGAUUCAUCAUAUAAUACUCAAGAAGGUCUCACAGAAUCUUUGCAAACCACAUGUCAAAUCGGUACUACUUCAAGGAUUGACAUGUCCUCAGAGUGCACUGGGAAAGAUAUAUCUCAAGAGCAGAGCAGCAUCAAAGACUAUAGCAAGGAUUCUCAAGGAGUAGAUAGACCUCACUUACCAGCAUCAAUAGAAAACUCGUGUGACCUUGGAGAGGAGAGGUCACAAAGAUGUUUGAGAGGAUCAAAUGAUCUUGCUUGUCAUGUCAGUGUAGACCACAGAAGCAGUUCUUUGUCUUGUUGCAAAUCUGUGCAGAGUAAAGAGACGUCACCUGGAAGGCCCCAUGAUUGCUCUCAAUGCGGGACAAAGUUUCAGAAGCUUUGGAAUCUAAAAGAACAUAAGUCAAAGCAUAAUGGUGAAAAGCCUUUUCCAUGCAGUAAAUGUCAACAAUCUUAUACACGUAAGAGAAAUCUUAAGAGACAUUUGAUUAUGGUUCAUGGAGUAGGCAAUGAUGGAAAGUCUAACCAGGGAGAAACAACUUCUUCCAGAUCUUUUGUUGGAAGACCCCACGCUUGCUCUGAUUGUGAUAAAAGGUUUAGUCGGUUAAGUCGCCUGAAAGAACAUAUGUAUACACAUACUGGUAAAAAGCCUUUUGCUUGUUCGUUAUGUCCAUCAUCCUUUGUUAGAAAGCAUGACCUUUUUAGACAUUCAUCAAGACUUCAUGGGGUUGGUCAAGGUGGUGUGUCCAAACAGGGAGACAAGGUUUCUUCCAAACGUAAAGACAUUACUCAAAAGCAGUGUCAUGCACAAAGUGAAAGUAUAAAAGGAUUUGAUGGAAAUGCUAUUGAGCGAAUAGAUAACACAGGUGAUGUACCUAACAACAUUUGUAAAGGCAAUGUUUCAAAUAGUACAGUACAUUCAAAAACAUUGUGUAAUGAACAGACGUCUCUUAACAGGCCCCAUGUGUGCUCUCAAUGUGGGAAAAAGUUUCAGAAAAUGUUGAGUCUGAAAGUCCAUAUGUAUACACAUACAGGUAAAAAGCCUUUUGAAUGUUCUUUGUGUCCACAAUCCUUUAAUCGUAUGAAGCAACUCGUAAGGCAUUCAUCAGAACAACAUGGGAAUGAGGUGAUUGAAUGUAGAAAGAAGAUUGCUUCUGAAAAUAAAGACAUUGCUCACAAUGAAAAGUUUGUCACAAAUUACAUGCAAUCACAUGACCGAGGUCACAACAAAUCACUUGAAACAAAUCAAAAGCAAAUACAUAGAGCAGAUCAGGAAAAGAUUGAUAUAACCGAUGAGUGGGAACAACAUGGUAAUGUUCACCAGGAAAUGCAUAGCCAAAGUGAUGAUAUAUUAAGCAAACUGGGAAAUACAGAAAGUUCAAAGAGCACAAGUAAAGGGCUUUCCUUAAAAUCUAGAUCACAUGAAAUUCCUAAGCAAUUGUAUACUAGACCUUAUGCUUGCACUCAGUGUGGGAAAAGGUUUAAGAGGACAUUUAAUCUGAAAGAACAUAUGUACACACAUACUGGUAAAAAGCCUUUUGAAUGUUCUGUAUGUCCAAAAUCCUUUAGACGAAGGACGGACCUUGUAAAUCAUUUAUUAAAACAUCAUGGGGUAACUGUUGAUCAGGUGUCUCGUGGGGUUAUUCUUGGUCAAGAUUCUCAUGGGGUAACUGUUGAUCAAGAGUCUCUUGUAACUGUUGAUCAAAAGUCUCAUGGGGGAACUGUUGGUCAAGAUUCUCAUGGGGUAACUAUUGGUCAAGAGUCUUGUGGGGUGACUGUUGAUCAAGAGUCUCUUGUAACUGUUGAUCAAGAGUCUCAUGGGGUAACUGUUGGUCGAGUGUCUCAUGGGGUAGCUGUUGAUCAAGAGACUCGUGGGGUAGCUGUUGAUCAAGAGUCUCAUGGGGUAGCUGUUGAUCAAGAGACUCGUGGGGUAGCUGUUGAUCAAGAGUCUCUUGUAACUGUUGAUCAAAAGUCUCAUGGGGGAACUGUUGGUCGAGUGUUUCAUGGGGUAACUGUUGAUCAAAAGUCUCAUCAGGUAGCUGUUGGUCAAGAUUCUCAUGGGGUAACUAUUGGUCAAGAGUCUCUUGUAACUGUUGAUCAAGAGUCUCUUGUAACUGUUGAUCAAAAGUCUCAUGGGGUAGCUAUUGAUCAAGAGACUCGUGGGGUUGCUGUUGAUCAAGAGACUCGUGGGUUAGCUGUUGAUCAAGAGUCUCUUGUAACUGUUGAUCAAAAGUCUCAUGGGGUAGCUGUUGAUCAAGAGACUCGUGGGGUUGCUAUUGAUCAAGAGAGUCAUGGGGUAGCUGUUGAUCAAGAGACUCGUGGGGUUGCUGUUGAUCAAGAGAGUCAUGGGGUAGCUGUUGAUCAAGAGUCUCUUGUAACUGUUGAUCAAAAGUCUCAUGGGGUAGCUGUUGAUCAAGAGACUCGUGGGGUUGCUAUUGAUCAAGAGAGUCAUGGGGUAGCUGUUGAUCAAGAGACUCGUGGGGUUGCUGUUGAUCAAGAGAGUCAUGGGUUAGCUGUUGAUCAAGAGUCUCUUGUAUCUGUUGAUCAAAAGUCUCAUGGGGUAGCUGUUGAUCAAGAGACUCGUGGGGUUGCUAUUGAUCAAGAGAGUCAUGGGGUAGCUGUUGAUCAAGAGACUCGUGGGGUUGCUGUUGAUCAAGAGACUCGUGGGUUAGCUGUUGAUCAAGAGUCUCUUGUAACUGUUGAUCAAAAGUCUCAUGGGAUAGUUGUUGAUCAAGAGACUCGUGGGGUUGCUAUUGAUCAAGUGUCUCAUGUGGUAACUGUUGAUCAAGAGUCUCUUGUAACUGUUGAUCAAGUGUCUCGCGGGGUAACUGUUGAUCAAGUGUCUCAUGGGGUAGUUGUUGAUGAAGAGACUCAUGGGGUAACUGUUGAUCAAGUGUCUAACAGUGGAAACAAGUCUUCCAAGGAUCAAACUGAAAUUCUUGCUCACAAGCAACAAAUAAGUAAAGGGCUGUCCUUAAAAUCUAGAUCACAUGAAAUUCCUAAGCAAUUGUAUACUAGACCUUAUGCUUGCGCUCAGUGUGGGAAAAGGUUUAAGAGGACAAAUCAUCUGAAAGAACAUAUGUACACACAUACUGGUAAAAAGCCUUUUGAAUGUUCUUUAUGUCCAAAAUCCUUUAGACGAAGGACGGACCUUGUAGAGCAUUUAUUAAGACAUCAUGGGAUAAAUGUUGAUCAAGAUUCUUAUGGGGUAACUGCUGAUCAAGUGUUUCAUGGGGUAUCUGCUGAUCAAGGGUCUCUUGUGGUAACUGUUGAUCAAAAGUCUCAUCAGGUAGCUGUUGGUCAAGAUUCUCAUGGGGUAAUUGUUGGUCAAGAGUCUUGUGGGGUGACUGUUGUUCCAUUUUUUUAUGGGGUAACUGUUGAUCAAGAGUCUCAUCAGGUAGCUCUUUAUCAAGAUUCUCAUGGGUUAGCCGUUGAUCAAGAGUCUGGGGUAGCUGUUGAUCAAGAGACUCGUGGGGUUGCUAUUGAUCAAAUGUCUGAUGUGGUAACUGUUGAUCAAGAGAGUCAUGGGGUAACUGUUGAUCAAGUGUUUCAUGGGGUAGCUGUUGAUCUAGAGACUCCUGGGGUAGCUGUUGAUCUAGAGACUCCUGGGGUAGCUGUUGAUCUAGAGACUCCUGGGGUAGCUGUUGAUCAAGAGAGUCAUGGGUUAGCUGUUGAUCAAGCGUCUCUUGUAUCUGUUGAUCAAAAGUCUCGUGGGGUAGCUGUUGAUCAAGAGACUCGUGGGGUUGCUAUUGAUCAAGAGUCUGAUGUGGUAACUGUUGAUCAAGAGAGUCAUGGGUUAGCUGUUGAUCAAAAGUAUCGUGGUGUAGCUGUUGAUCAAGAGACUCGUGGGGUUGCUAUUGAUCAAGUGUCUGAUGUGGUAACUGUUGAUCAAGAGUCUCUUGUAACUGUUGAUCAAGUGUUUCAUGGGGUAACUGUUGAUCAAGAGACUCAUGGGGUAACUUUUGAUCAAGUGUUUCGUGGGGUUGCUGUUGAUCAAGAGUCUCUUGGAACUGUUGAUCAAGUGUCUCCUGGGGUAACUGUUGAUCAAGAGACUCAUGGGGUAGCUGUUGAUCAAGAGUCUUUUGUAACUGUUGAUCUAGUGUCUCCUGGGGUAGCUGUUGAUCUAGUGUCUAACAGUGGACACGAGUCUUCUGAGGAUCAAACUGAAAUUCUUGCUCACAAGCAACAAAUAAGUAAAGGGCUGUCCUUAAAAUCUAGAUCACAUGAUAUUCCUAAGCACACUAGGCCCUAUGCUUGCACUCAGUGUGGGAAAAGGUUUAAGAAGACAAAUCAUCUGAUAGAACAUAUGGAUACCCAUACCGGUAAAAAGCCUUUUAUGUGUUGUAUAUGUCAACGAUCUUUUGCUCGUAAGAGGGCCCUUGUAAGUCAUUCUUUAAAAGUUCACGGGUUUAGUUAUGAUCAGUUAUCUGAACAGGGAUACAAGUUUUCUUCCAAACUUAAAGUCUUAGUUUACAAACUACCAGUUGAGGAUUGUCUUGAGAAAAUUAAUAGCCCUGGUGACAAGCAACGCCAUCAGCAAACACAUAGUGAAGAUCAAGAACAGCCAAAAACUAUGGGUCAACAUCAAGAUCAAGGCCCAGUUUGUGUUGUCAUACAUUCUCCGUUGUGCAAUUUUAAAGACACUCUGUUAGAUUCUGAGGGAAUACAACCUGACGUGAUUCAUGGACUUGGCAAUGUAGAAGAAUCUGAAUAUACAGGGGAGUCUAGGAAUGAAGGAGAACAGAGCCAAUUGAGUGAAGGAAGUGAUGCAGUUAAAAUCAAUAGCCUUCGUGAAGAUUUAUCUUCAUGCAUGUUAUCUCUGAAAUUACGAGAAGAAUAUACUAAAAGUAAACAACCAAAUGAAAGUCUAGAGUCCAGUGUCAGUGAAAUCCUUGAUAACAAUAGAAACACAUCAGGUGAAAGUACAUCAAAUACUUCUCCUUCCAAUGCUCCAUCAUAUGUGCAAAGUGAAGAAUGUUCACUUGGAAGUCCCUAUGUAUGUGCUAAAAGUGGUUCAAGGUUUAGCAAGUUAAGUAAUCUGAAAGAACAUAUGUAUCAGCAUAGUAGCGAAAAGCCUUAUGUAUGUUCUAUAUGCCAACAAUCAUUUAUUCAAAAGAGAAGCCUUUUGAGACAUUCAUUAAGACAUCAUGGGAUUAGUAAAGAUUAUUUGUCCAGACAAGGAAACAGGUUUUCUACCAAACUGAAAGGCACUACUCGAAAGCAGCUGCAUGUUGUUGGUGAAAGUAAAAAACAAUUAGAUGACAAAUUUAAAUGUCAUUUUGAUAACACAGAUGAUAUUUCUAGUGAAAUUGGUAAAACUAAUGAAUCAAAUAGUACUGUUCUUUCCAAAGUACUCUACACAGAUUUCGAACAAAGAAUCACCUCUGUUAGUAAUCCUCAGGCUACUAUUCAAGAAACUAACAGAAAACAACUUCAAGGAAAUAUGGAAAGUUCAAAUAUCAUGAGUAAAGGGCUUUCUUUAAACUCAAGAUCACAUGAAAUUCCUAAGCCCUAUAGUUGUUCUGUAUGUGGGAAAAAGUUCAGAAAUACCAGUCAUCGUAAAGAACAUAUGUACACACAUACUGGUAAAAAGCCUUUUGAAUGUUCUUUAUGUCCAAAAUCCUUUAGACGAAGGGCACAAGUUGUGGAUCAUUCAUUAAGUAUUCAUGGGGUAACUGUUGAUCAAGUGUCUUGUGGGGUAACUGCUGAUCAAGAGUCUCAUGGGGUAGCUGUUGAUCAAGUGUCUUGUGGGGUAACUGCUGAUCAAGAGUCUCAUGGGGUAGCUGUUGAUCAAGAGUCUUGUGGGGUAACUGCUGAUCAAGUGUCUCAUGUUGAAAUUGUUGAUCAAGAGUCUCAUGGGGUAGCUGUUGAUCAAGUAUCUCAUGAGGUCGCUGUUGAUCAAGUAUCUCAUGGGGUAGCUGUUGAUCAAGUAUCUCAUGGGGUAGCUGUUGAUCAAGUAUCUCAUGGGGUAGCUGUUGAUCAAGUAUCUCAUGGGGUAGCUGUUGAUCAAGUGUCUCAUAGGGUAACUGUUGAUCAAGAGACUCAUGUGGUAACUAUUGAUCAAGAGUCUCAUGGGGUAACUGUUGAUCAAGAUUCUCAUGUGGUAACUAUUGAUCGAGUGUCUAAUAGUGGAAACAAGUCUUCCGAGUAUCACACUGAAAUUCUUGCUCAAAAGAAACCAAUAAGUAAAGGAAUCUCCUUAAAAUCUAGAUCACGUGAAAUUCCUAAGCCCUAUGGUUGCUCUGUAUGUGGGAAAAAGUUCAGAAAUACCAGUCAUCGUAAAGAACAUAUGUACACACAUACUGGUAAAAAGCCUUUUGAAUGUUCUUUAUGUCCAAAAUCCUUUAGACGAAGGGCACAAGUUGUGGAUCAUUCAUUAAGUAUUCAUGGGGUAACUGUUGAUCAAGUGUCUUGUGGGGUAACUGCUGAUCAAGAGUCUCAUGGGGUAGCUGUUGAUCAAGAGUCUUGUGGGGUAACUGCUGAUCAAGUGUCUCAUGUUGAAAUUGUUGAUCAAGAGUCUCAUGGGGUAGCUGUUGAUCAAGUAUCUCAUGAGGUCGCUGUUGAUCAAGUAUCUCAUGGGGUAGCUGUUGAUCAAGUAUCUCAUGGGGUAGCUGUUGAUCAAGUAUCUCAUGGGGUAGCUGUUGAUCAAGUAUCUCAUGGGGUAGCUGUUGAUCAAGUGUCUCAUAGGGUAACUGUUGAUCAAGAGACUCAUGUGGUAACUGUUGAUCAAGAGUCUCAUGGGGUAACUGUUGAUCAAGAUUCUCAUGUGGUAACUAUUGAUCGAGUGUCUAAUAGUGGAAACAAGUCUUCCGAGUAUCACACUGAAAUUCUUGCUCAAAAGAAACCAAUAAGUAAAGGAAUCUCCUUAAAAUCUAGAUCACGUGAAAUUCCUAAGCCCUAUGGUUGCUCUGUAUGUGGGAAAAAGUUCAGAUAUACCAGUCAUCGUAAAGAACAUAUGUACACACAUACUGGUAAAAAGCCUUUUGAAUGUUCUUUAUGUCCAAAAUCCUUUAGACGAAGGGCGCAAUUUGUGGAUCAUUCAUUAAGUUUUCAUGGGGUAACUGUUGAUCAAGUCUCUUACAGUGAAAAGCAUCCAAUUGAUUCCAAUCAAAAAGACAUGUCUGACCAAGAUAACAUGCAAAUCAGCCAUGGCAAAGAUUGUACAGAUCAUAACCCAUCAGUACAUACAAACAAUGAUACCCUCAAUUAUAGAUGUGCGUGUGGAGAAAGUUUUCAUUCGUUUGAACAACUCACUGUCCACACAAAGACUGUUGGGGGAGGGGAACCCAUGAAAUGUCCAAAUUGCGAUGAGGUGUUUUGUGAAAGGUCUUCUUACAUUUGCCAUAUACUUAUGCACCUGGAAAAAAAUCACAAAUGCCCUGAAUGUGAACAGACCUUUCGAUGGAGCUAUGAAUUAACAGCACACAUGAAAUCACACCUUACUGAAAGUAAAGAAAACAAGACUCUCCCAACUGAAUUUCGAAGAGGCAAAAAAUCAAUUAAGGCAGGCUCCUCCAAAAAAGAUCGUAAAUAUGGGACAUAUGUAUGCUCUCAGUGUAAUAAGCGUUUCAGAAAAUCAUCAUGCCUGAGAGAACACAUAGCUUAUUUCCAUACAGGGGAAAAAUAUUUGUCUUGCUCUAAAUGUUCAUCGACUUUUGUUAAACGGAAAUCACUAAUCUGGCAUUCUGCAAAACACCAUGGGGUUGUCCUUGAUCAGAUCUGUGAAUGUGGAAAGGGGUUUUCUUCCAAAGCAGAAGUCAUUGCUCACAUUACCACACAUGGCACAGCUCAUGAUCAAGGGAAUUCUAAUGAAGAAGAGUCCAUCAAGGUGUUUCACAACUCUGAUUCUAAUAUGAGCCUGGUUGAAACACAAACAAGUUUUAAAGAGCCUCAGUUGAGCAAAGAAAUGAGUGAGAAGACCAGAUCAAUUACCAUGACUAAGGAUUUGUUUGAUGACUAUGAUGAUGAUCAGAUGAGCAUCAGUUCAGAACUUAAUGGAAGGGGUACAAAGAGUGAUGAAUCUAGCAGUGCAUUGACUGUAGUAGACGCUCAGAGAGAAAAUGAUCAAGAAUCAAGUCUAGAGGAGCUUAGUGAUCAAACUGUUGAUGAAAGACUUUGUUCCUGCUCUGAAUGCCAACAACGUUUUCCUGGCAAACUCUCGCUUUUGCAACACUUGAUGAGAUGUCAUGAGGAUAUUUUGAAGAAAGUUUGUGAGUGUGGUGAGAGGUUUGCCAGUGAGGAAGCUCUCUACAGUCACCAGAGAGGACUGGUCAAAUGUAAUAAGUGCCCUAUCUGUAAGAAAACAUUUGAAGGUCAAUGUUUGUAUAAGCUUCAUAUGGAAAUGCAUGCAGAGCUGCAAUAUAAGUGUACUGAAUGUGAAGACAAAUUUGCCCUUGAGAAUCAAUUAAUCAACCAUCUUAAGUUUCAUACAGGUGGAAAACCAUUUGCUUGUUCCAUGUGCAAGGCAAGCUUUUCCCAAGACAGUAGCCUUGCUGAACAUAUGCAAAUGCACAAGAAAGAGAACCUCUAUGAAUGUGUAAAGUGUGGGAUACUAUUUGUGAAUGCAAACGAAAUUUGCGAGCAUGAUCUAAAAGUGCACAAGCAUCGUUGGUGUCCAGUGUGUGAUAAACAUUUUCAUGCAAGUAAAGAGUAUGAAGAACACAUGCAAACGCACAAAAAAGACCCAAUCUUUGAGUGUUUGAAAUGUCGUAAACAAUAUCCUCACUUGGAAAGCCUUAAGAGACAUGCAACACGCCAUGAUGAAAGCAGGAUUUUGAAAUGCUUGUCAUGUGAUAAACUCUUUAUAAGAGAAAACCUUAGAAAACAUGUGAAAUGGCAUCGCUCAAUUAGACCUCAUAAAUGCAUCCAAUGUGGAAAGGGUUUCGUUAAUAAGAAUGAGCUUAAGAAACACAUUGUACGUGUCCAUACAAAAAGGAUACCAGCUCUCCAUCUGUGUCACAUAUGUGGAAGAGCAUGUGUUUCAGAAGCACGGUUGUUGAUUCAUGUAGAAUCGGUCCACAAAAAGCAGGAAUUUCACACAUGUCCUGACUGUGGGUACAGCGUUGCUUCCAAACAGCUCCUAUCACAGCACCUUUACAUAUGCAGGGGUGGCAAGCCAUACAAGUGCACCAUAUGCCAAGAUCUUUUCAGUGAUAAGUACGAGUUAAAUCGGCACAUCAAAAGGCAUGCUGGUAAAAACCAAUGUCCUGUAUGCAAGCGGCAGUUCAAAUCGAUAUCUGAUGUCAAUCUUCAUGUGCGGAGAGUGCAUACAGGUGAAAGACCAUUUCAAUGCUCCCAGUGCCCAGCUAGGUGUGUUGGGCCAAGUGCCCUUAAAGUUCAUAUGACAUGGCACUAUGGUGUGAAGCGUUUCAAGUGCCCAUUAUGUAGAAAAGCAUUUAUAACAACCACUAGUCGCAAUAGGCACUUAAAAAAGGUACACAAGGAAGUCAACUAUCUGAUGUGUGAUAAAUGUGGAGAAAGGUUUUCAGGAUUUGACGAGAUAUUGAAUCACAGGAAACGUCUGUAUAAAGAAACCCCCCAUCUAUGUGUUGUUUGUGAAAACAGAUAUCAGACAAUCUGUGAAUUGACUGUACAUUUGAAAACCCAUUCUAAUUAACAUGGAACAAAGAAAUCUUAAUCAUUUUUGUCUCACCGGCAUAGCAGAGCGAGACAGCGGCAACACUGAAAUCCUAACCAAGGUUAAGUUUUUGAAAUACCAUCAUAAUUUGAAAAGUAUAUUGACCAAGUUCAUGAAACUUGGACAUAAAGGUAAUCACAUAUUACUGAACGUCAUGCUUGAGUUUCAGAACACAUGACCAAGGUCAAAGGUCAUUUAUGGUCAAUGAACCUAGACCAUGUUGGGGAAAUCUAUAUCGAAAUCUUAACCAAGAUUAAGUUUUUGAAAUAUCAUUACUUUGAUAGUUUAUGGACCUAGUUCAUGUAACUUGGACAUAAUGGUAAUCAAGUUUCCCUGAACAUCCUGGGCGAGUUUCAGGUCACAUGACCAAGGUCAAAGGUCAUUUAGGGUUUAUGAACUUUGGCAGUGUUGGGGGGUAUUUGUUGAAUUGCCAUCAUAACUUUAAAAGCUCAGAGAUCCACCAAAGAUCACUGAAAGUCCAAACAUUUCUGAAGAUCAUCAUAUACCUCUUAUUGACCAAUAAAAUACAAUUGACUAACCUUUAGAAGGUCAUUGUAUCACUAGUAUAUGAUAAUCAAUCAGAGUGCUUUCAGGAGGUUUUCAGAGCCUUUCCACAGAUAUCACAAACUACAGUUAUCUUGGAGACUAUUAAAUUGAUACCUUGCCAAUUUGACCCUUUUCUUGGUCUUUCAAGGGUCUCCUUUCUGUGGAAUUAUUCACGAUACAGCCCCCAUUCCACGUCAUGUUGCAGUAAUCUACAGGCCACAGAGCAGACAGAGCAUUUCCAGAUUUCUGGAAGAAUUUUCACUUUCUCAACAGCAGCAUGUAUAGAACUACACCAACGGAAGGUUGCUCCGGGCAUCUCGGAUCACUCAGCAGUUUGGGAGAUUGGUUUCAGCAAGCCGAAUCUGACUCGAUCAACAUUUAUCUCCCAAACAUCCGAGACAUAGAUCAAGUAACCUUUGCCCAAGAUGUAGCUGAUAGCAGCAUUAUCCUUUCUGCUACAGACAACGUCGAUAAUGCUGUUCUUUGCUACAACACUGAGCUUGAGAAGCUUCUCAACAUCCACACUCCACCAAGGACUAGAAAGGUAAAGAGCCAUGUGGACUGUCCGUGGUACAGCUCUGACAUCACUUUACUGAAGCGUAUUUGAUGAAGACUGAAGAUGAAGUGGGGAAAAGUGGACUACUGAUUGACAGGGAUCAUUUCCGGGUUCAGCGCAACCUUGUCAACUCUCUCGUCAAGAGGUCGAAGCAAUCUUACCUCGUAGGUCUUGUUGAGUGCCAAGGUGACUCAAAACAACUCUUCUUUUUGGCUAACAGACUCCUCAAUCGUCGACAAUCUUCACCUCUACCAAACAAUACAGAUAGCUACGAACUUGCCUGUAAAUUCUCACACAUUUGUAAAACGAAACUUCAAGGGAUAUGCAAUAGUUUCACUCCUGACGUGACACCUCUACAGUCUUCCUGUCCUUCUACCUUGGACAGCUGUUGAUCAAGCAUCUUACAGUGAAAAGCAACUAAUUGAUUCCAAUCAAAAAGACAUGUCUGACCAAGAUAACAUGCAAAUCAGCCAUGGCAAAGAUUGUACAGAUCAUAACCUAUCAGUACAUACAAACGAUGAUACCCUCAAUUAUAUAUGUUCAUGUGGAGAAAGUUUUCAUUCGUUUGAACAACUCACUGUCCACACAAAGACUGUUGGGGGAGGGGAACCCAUGAAAUGUCCAAGUUGCGACGAGGUG